GGCCCACUUUACCUUUCAACCAGCGGCGCAAUCUUUACUUGAAUUCCAAGCUCACCCACCGCCACCCUUUCCUCCACCUCUCUCUCUCUCUAGAUCCUUCUCUCUCACACACCACCCACACACACUAAACCCCCCCUCACCUCACUUAUAAACACCAUAUAUUCCUAAAAUAAUAACACUCCCUUAAAAUAAAUAAAACCAUGAAAGGUGAAUAUCACCGUGACGAUAACAAUAAUAAUACCACUCACCCCCAUCCCACCACCAACAUGUUCUCCAAAUUCCACCCCCACCACCACCACCAACCACCACAACAACCACAACCACCACCACAACACUUUGCCCACCAGUUCCAGCUCAGCAACACGUCGGAGGAAGCCGACAGCCGUAGCCGCAGCCCCUCCCACGCGAUCAGCCCCAUCGUUGGCGUCAAAAAAGACGCGAACGAUGGAGCCUCUAUUGAAACGGUUAAGCGGCCCAGAGGCCGCCCACCCGGAUCAAAAAAUAAACCCAAACCCCCGGUUAUCAUAACCCGAGAACCCGACCCGGCUAUGUCCCCAUACGUUCUUGAACUACCGGGAGGAACCGAUAUCGUAGACGCGGUUAACAACUACUGCCGGAAACGUAACACUGGGUUAUGUGUGUUAACCGGUUCCGGCACCGUUGCCAACGUGUCACUCCGUCAACCCACCACCACCCCCGGCGGCACCGUCACGUUCCACGGCCGGUUUGAUAUCUUAUCAAUAUCCGCCACUGUUUUCCCAUCGGGUUCGGGUUUUUCUGCACAAGUGGCAGCUUUCGCUAACGGGUUUACUAUCUCGUUAGCAGGCCCGCAAGGGCAAAUAGUCGGUGGAGCGGUGGCGGGCCCGCUCGUCUCCGCCGGCACAGUUUACAUCAUCGCUGCGUCGUUUAAUAACCCGAUGUAUCAUCGACUGCCGUCCGAAGAUGAAACCUCGGGCGGAGCGAGCGGGUCCCUCGCUCCAAGCGACCAGUCUCCUCCACCAGCUGGAGAGGGAGCUCCAGCUAGCGGAGGAGAGGGUCGGCAUCAGCAGCCGCCGUCAACAACGGCGGCUGAUUCGAUGUCGAUGUAUAGCUCUCAUCUUCCAUCUGAUGUUAUUUGGGCACCUACAGCAAGGCAACCAUAUUGAGUAAAAAUUGAAAACAUGUUAUUAUUGGUUCGUGAAAAAUGGUUAUGAGAAUUGAGAGGUUAUGUUUUUUUUAGAACUUUUUAUUGGUUUUUUUUUUGUUAGGGUAUUUUUAGUAGCUUUUGAUCUUGUAAUGUUGAAUUUAAAUGAUCAUCUCUACUUCUAUGUAGUUAUUAACCAAGAACAAACGGUUUCAUGUUCUCAUUAGGGUUUUUGAGUUGCU